AUGGACCGAUACUGUAGACUUCCUAAAGCGGUAAUAUGCUGCACGAAUCUGACUGUCGCGCCAACUGAUAUGUGUUGGUUUUUUUCUUUUUUGUUGUUUAUUUUUCCAAGACCGCCACCAGCACCAGCACCAGGAUCAACAAGGGUCAAGAUUCGUGGCAGUAUGAGUGACAGGACGGGUGACAGGAUGAGUUUGCGCGGGUUGAAGGGUUACACAAUUACAGUGUUGGGAGCAGGUGUCAUGGGAACGGCCGUUGUUUCGGCCAUAUUGAACCUGGAAAUUGACCCUUUCCCAAAGAAGAUCAUCUUGUGCACAAACAGCCCUAGCGCGACGCUCCAGGAGACAUUCAAAGGUCACGAGGCCAUUGAGUUUUCCUUUGGAGUAGAGGACAACAACAAGGCUGUCUCACAGGCAGACGUGCUAAUCUUGGGAGUAAAGCCCUACAUGUGCCGACAAGUCUACGAACAAGUGCUGAGUUCCUUGACGGGCCGCCAACUCGUGAUCUCCCUACUUGCAGGCACCACGCUUGGCGAAUUAUCCAUCUUUUCCCCCUACGUCGUCAGGGUCAUGACCAAUACGCCGGCCAAAUACGGAUGCGGCACUGCUGCGAUCUCCUUCUCGUCCGAGGUGACUGCCGAGCAACAGCAGCUCGUCAAGCACUUGAUUGACCCCAUUGGAUUGUCAGUGGUGAUACCGGAAAAGAACAUGGACAUUGCCACCUCUUUGAUAGGAUCGGGUCCGGCCUUCUGCUUGCUCAUGAUGGAGUCGCUCAUUGACGGCGCGGUUCGAAUGGGCAUGCCCUUCGACGUGGCCAGACUCUCGGCUGCAAAAGUGAUGGAGGGAACCGCAAAAAUGCUCUUGGAGUCCGGUGAACAUCCCGCCGCGUUGAAAAGCAAAGUUUGCACCCCGGGCGGCACCACCAUUGGCGGGUUGUUGAAAAUGGAAGAUGGAGCAAUUAGAAGUACAAUCGCGAGAGGUGUUGAAGAAGCCGCCAACAUCUCUGCCUCGUUUGCAAAAAAGUAG